AUGGAGCCCCUUGGCCUCGUCCUCCUCCUGCUGCUGCUGCCCCCCGCCGAGCCCCGCCCCGGGCGGAUUUUGGGGGGCUCCGAGUGCCCCCCGGAGGAGCACGCGGGGCUGGUGCGGCUGUUCCAGUUUGACCAGUUCGUCUGCGGGGGGGCCCUGCUGAGCCCCCAGUGGGUGCUGAGCGCCGCCCACUGCCAGGCCAGCCACCUGCAGGUGCGCGCAGGUGAGCACAGCCUGGCCCAGGUGAGCGGCCACGAGCAGUUCGCCGCCGCCGUGGAGCUCGUGGUGCACCCGGACUUCGGCAAAGCCGCGGGGGAUUCCGGAAACUUCGAGAACGCCAGGAAUUCCUCCGGGGGUUCCCCCGGGGGUUCCCUCGGGAAUGCCGAGGGGUUUUUGGGGAACCCCCGGGGUUUUUGGGGGGAUUCCCGGGGUUUUCCCCGCGGCUCCGGGCGCUCCAAUGACCUGAUGCUGCUGCGCGUGGCGCCGCCCUUCACCUGCGGGCCGCGCGUCAGGCCCCUCCCCCUGCCCGAGGCCCCGCCCCCCGCGGGCUCCGCCUGCACCGUGAUGGGCUGGGGCAGCACCAGCAGCCCCCAGGAGUCGUACCCGGCCGUGCCGCAGUGCCUCAACGUCACCGUGCUCGGGGACAGCGCCUGCCCCACCUGUCCCCAGGUGUCCCCAGAGUCGUACCCGGCCGUGCCGCAGUGCCUCAACGUCACCGUGCUCGAGGACAGCGCCUGCCGUGACGCCUACGGGGCGCAGGUGACCCCGGACAUGCUGUGCGCAGGCGUGCCCGAGGGCGGCAAGGACUCCUGCCAGGGUGACUCCGGGGGUCCCCUGCUGUGCGGGGGCCGGCUGCAGGCCGUGGUGUCCUGGGGCGAGCACCCCUGCGGUCAGCCCGGCCGGCCGGGGGUGUACGCCCGCGUCCAGCCCCACCUGGCCUGGAUCCGCGAGGUCAUCGGGGACGAGGGAGUGACCGCCGACCCCGCCUGUGGCCCCGAGUGA